CCUGUCCCCUGAGACCUGUAGACCCUGGACCCUAGACCCUGAGACCUGUAGACCCUAGACCCUGUCCUCUGUGUCCUCAGCGAUGCAGACCAGAUGCAGUCGUGGAUCACGCGCAUCAACGUGGUGGCGGCCAUGUUUUCUGCGCCCCCGUUCCCGGCGGCGAUCGGCUCCCAGAAGAGGUUCAGCCGGCCUCUGCUGCCGGGGUCCCACAGCAAGCUGCCCCCGGAGGAGCAGGUCAAGUCUCACGAGAACCGGUUCAGGGCGGUCUGCUCCGAGCUGGCGGAGCUCACGGCCUCCACGCCGGACCCCAAGGUCAAAGGUCGUGAGCUGGAGGAGCAGAAACUCCGACAGGAGUACCUUGAGUUUGAGACGCGCGCGCUGCAGGACGUCGCCAUGCCUGCUACAGCCCAACUGCCGGCGGCGAACCUGGCGACCUUGAUCCCAUGA